AUGAUUGAGGAUCCAAGUUAUGCCCACGACGAAUAUAAACACAAUCAGCUCGACAACCAUAACACCCUUCAGAGUAUUACUAGCAAAGCUUUGAAGGAGGCCAACAAAGUCAAGGGGGAGCUUAAGGUUGAGGCCAAUACAAUGAAGAAAGAAAAUUUUGAUUUGAAGGCCAAAGUUGAGACAAAUGCCAAGGAGAAAGUUGAUGGUGCACCAGAAACUAUUCAGGAAAGACUUGUUGAUGUACCAGCAUUCUAUGUGAAGACUUACAAAAAAAACACACGUCAAGGUUCUCGUGUCCUAGCUUUGGCCUACAAGUCUCUUCCAGAGAUGACAGUUAGUGAAGCUAGAAGCUUAGAGAGAGAGGUGGUGGAAAGUGGUCUUACUUUUGCUGGUUUUGCGGUAUUCAAUUGUCCUAUCAGAGGAGAUUCAGCAACUAUUCUAUCUGAAUUAAAAGGAUCAUCACAUGACUUGGUCAUGAUUACUGGAGAUCAAGCUUUGACAGCUUGCCAUGUUGCUGGCCAAGUUAAUAUUAUUUCAAAACCAGCACUGAUUCUCGGCAGUGGCAAGAACAGUGAAGAAUAUCAGUGGCUGUCUCCUGACGAGACAGAUAUUUUCAAGUACAGUGAAAAUGAGGUUGAAGCUCUAUCAGGGUCAUAUGAUCUUUGUAUUGGAGGCGACUGCAUUGAAAUGUUGCAGCAAACUACUGGUAUUCUUAAAGUGAUUCCAUAUGUAAAGGUAUUUGCUAGGGUGGCUCCUGAGCAAAAGGAACUCAUCAUGACCACUUUUAAAUCGGUGGGAAGGGUUACACUAAUGUGUGGUGAUGGAACAAAUGAUGUUGGAGCUUUGAAGCAGGCACAUAUAGGUGUAGCUCUACUCAAUGCAAUACCCCCUGCUCAGAAGGAGAAAUCUUCCUCUGAAGCACCCUCUAAAAAUGAUGCUGCAAAAUCUGGUAAAUCAAAGAAACUCAAAUCCACAGUUGAAAAUGGAGAGGGUCCUUCAAAGAGCAGAGCUGUUUCAAGGUCAGAAUCUACUAGCAACCAACCUGUUAACCGCCAUCUGACUGCUGCAGAGAUGCAACGGGAAAAGCUGAAGAAACUCAUGAACGAGCUAAAUGAAGAGGGGGGUGAUGGUCGAUCAGCUCCCAUUGUUAAGCUUGGAGAUGCCUCAAUGGCAUCACCAUUUACUGCAAAGCAUGCCUCGGUUGCCCCUACAACGGAUGUAAUCCGUCAAGGUCGAAGUACCCUGGUCACUACCCUACAAAUGUUCAAGAUUCUCGGACUCAAUUGCCUUGCAACUGCCUACGUCCUGAGUGUAAUGAAUUUGGACGGUGUGAAACUAGGUGAUGUUCAAGCUACAAUUAGUGGGGUUUUUACAGCUGCUUUCUUUCUGUUCAUUUCGCAUGCUCGUCCUCUUCCUACCCUCUCAGCUGAACGGCCUCAUCCCAAUAUCUUCUGCUCUUAUGUCUUCCUCUCUCUCCUAGGACAAUUUGCAGUUCACCUUUUCUUCUUAAUUUCUUCCGUGAAAGAGGCUGAGAAGUACAUGCCAGAUGAAUGUAUCGAACCGGACUCAGAGUUCCAUCCCAACCUUGUGAAUACAGUUUCGUACAUGGUGGGCAUGAUGCUACAGGUAGCCACGUUUGCUGUGAACUACAUGGGCCAUCCUUUCAACCAAAGCAUCUCGGAAAACAAACCAUUUUUGUAUGCCCUUCUGGCUGCUGUUGGCUUUUUUACAGUUAUAACCUCCGACUUAUUCAGGGAUUUGAAUGAUUGGCUGAAGUUAGUCCCUCUGCCAAGAGCAUUGAGAGAUAAACUGAUGAUCUGGGCUUGGUUCAUGUUCCUUUGUUGCUACACGUGGGAAAGAUUUUUGAGAUGGGCCUUCCCUGAACAGAUAAGAAUUGACAUACUUCUUUGCCAGAGUCACAUAGAGCAAUGA